AUGAAUGAAUUCUAAAUUUGCUAAUAACUAAAAUAUAUUAUGAGAAUAUUAGAAUAAAUAUUAUCAUAUGCAAUUUAAGAUGUUAAAGAUAAUAGAAAUGAACCUGAUGAAAGCAUAAUGCUUUAGUAGGAGAUAGAGUUGAUUUGGAAGAAAUUAUAAAAUUUAUAAUUAACAGAUAAAUAAUUUUCAUUUGUGAAUAGGUUUAAGUAGAAACUACUUGCCUUACCUAGUGCAAUUCUUGACUAGAAAAUUUUUUAAAGAUGCUCAAUGCAUGUUAAAACUUAUUGAACAAACUGAAAAAUAAGUCUAACAGUUAGAAAUUUUAUUACUUCAAAAGGAUAACUUAAUUCAAUACUUUUAAGGUUUAUUGAAUAGGCUAAAUUAUUAUUAUGAACAAUAGAUCUAAGAACUUCAAAUUUAGAUUAAAGAAUUAAAUUUAAGUUUAAAGACAUUUCUAAUUUUACAAUAUGAACUAGAGUCUGCAAAAGAACUUUAAUUACAAUAUUCUUAAAAGCUUUCAAUUUAAUGUAUAAAAAAAUAAAGAUUGAACAUUUUAAAGUUUAAAUUGCAAUUAAUAGCUUACAAAGGAUGUUUUUACAAUAUAUUAACAAUACCAUCAGAGGAAUUUUAAAAUUAAAAGAUGUUUUCAAUUUGA